AUGCUUGUCCCUAAACUGGCUCUGCUGCUGGUCCUGUUCCAUGCAGCAUUUGGCUCCGCCUACCGCUGGUUCAACUGGCAGUAUGAGGUCACCUGCGAAUCUGACGCCUAUGUUGCUCCUCAGAAUGAAGCCGACGCUGCAAAAUUCCUUAAGGAACAGUACCCCAAAGGAUCCCACAUCAAAGUUGUCGGAAAUGGCCAUGGAUUCGGCAACCUGUCGACUUGUGUUGACAAUUCUCUCACUGCCAAGCCUUCCUACAUCGUUUCCCUCACCAACUUGAAGCACCUUGAAAUCAAUAAGAACGAUAUGACCGUCACCUUCGGUGCUGGCUGGGAUGUCUAUGACCUCAGCGAAGUGCUGAAAACUAACAAUUUGACAUUUGGUCAUCUCGGUGUUGAACGUGUUCAAAACUUCGUCGGCGCCGCUUCCACCGGCACCCACGGCUCUGGAUCCAACAUUGGAAACAUCGCAAGUCAAAUCAUUGGGCUUCGUGUGCUGGACGCUCAGGGUGACCUCCGUAUUAUCGAUGAGAAGCACAAUGCGGAAGAACUGAAGGCGUUCCGUGUCAGUCUUGGUGCCCUCGGUCUCAUCACAGAGGUCACCCUCAAGGUCCAACCCACCCUUCUUAUGAAGAGGACCACUAAGGUCUUGAAUGCCACCUCUGAAUUUUCGAUCAUGUACAACGAAAUUGCCCAAUUGUACAAAGAACACGAGCGGAUGACCGUUUGGGGACCUCACUUCGACUGGAAUGCGGAGACCCAGAGUUGGGAUCUCGAGCCUACCUACUUUCUUUCCUAUUGGGAGCCGACUGACUACGACGGUGUUCGCAAUUGUUCUUCUAACUACUGCGCCAACGGCUGCGGUAGUGAAUGCAAAAAGGAGUACUUUUGCUAUGACGACAUCAUCGACGCUGCUUCUUGUCCUCCUCAAGGUGUCUGCAGCCGAGAAUUCUACGCCGAGAUCGAACACUUCCUUCCUAUCGAGUACUUCGCAGAGGCCGCCACCAACUAUACAUAUUACCAGCAGUCUCAAACCCCACGUAUGAACGCUCCCUACAACUCUCUGAUGGUCAUGCAACACCGCUCUCUCAAGGGUGACGACGCAUAUAUGUCCCCUGUGAACACUUAUAACCUUGAUCCCUCCCUCAGCGGCGUUUUUGGUAUCAUCGAAAUUGAUUGGAUCCAAGAAUACAACAACUUCACCACACUUUGGCAAAACCAGGAGCUGGCAUACGAAUUCCUGCCUAAGUUCGGUGAAGCCUACAACGUUCGGCCCCACUGGAACAAGAUGAGCCCUCCUAAUGCCACCUACACCUUGGAGAAGUUCCCGAUGUUGCCCAAGUUCUUGGCCAUCCAAGAGCGUCAGGAUCCCAAGUGCCAGUUUGUGAACGAGUUCCUAUAUAAGCAACUUGGUAUCGAGCGCUGUGCAGACUUCAUCUCCAUCUGUUUGAGACAAACAGCGACAUCGGACAACUCUGACUAUAUCAUCCGACUCUUCUACGGACCCACAUACCGCAGCUCGUCGUCAAUCCGCAUUGACGUACUACUCGCUCCAUCUAUAAACUCCGGCCAAGUCACGUUUGACAGCAUGCUCAGCACUCAGAGCUACCUGACCUGGUUUGCAGAGGACCUCGACAACGACAGGAACACAGACCUCGUCAUGCUUAUAAACCCCACCUCAGCCCUGAACGUGGACUUCCAGAUCGCCGUCUUCCUCGGAUUUGGGAAUGCUACACUCGGCGCACCAGUAAUGAGCCCAAUCUCGCCAAAUCCAGCAAAAGGUACCCUUCUCACAGCCUCAUUCAUGAAGUCAAUCAAAGUACACAAGGCAGACUAUGUGUAUUCUGGUACCAGUACAGCUAGCAAGGGUGGCAUCCUUGCUAGAAAAGGAGGCCAAGUCUGA